AUAGUAACUGCACACACAUUUUGCGAAAAUCCAUCACAGAGAGUGUGGCAGAAUGGAUGACCCACAUUUUCAGAGCAGCGAUUGGUUGGAAGGCGUAUUAAUAUCCUGAGUGCAAGAAGACGGCUGCUACUACAGAUUUUUACUAAUGCAGUAUUUUCCUUUGUAUGUUGGUACUUAUGUACUAUACUUGUGAAACUAACUGUUUAGAGAAUGAUGCAUUACUUUGUCGAACGCAGAAAGAGCGACAGAGAAGCAGAAUAGUAAUAUACGGUGAAUCUAUUUAAUGACGCGACAUAGGUCAUGAAUAAAACAUCACGAAUCUUCCGUCCUUACCCUGUAGACCAAUGAAAUUCGCAAACAAGUGUCUGCAAGGUCGGUCACAAUCUAGUCUCCACCAAUGAACAAGGCUCAAUUCCUGGGUCUUUCUCUCAUUCACCUUUUUUAGCUGCACCGGAUUCCAGCGACAGCCAAUGAGGACAGAAAUGAUGGUCAGAGAAAUAGAGGAAAUGUAACAGUAACUGAGACUCGACUAUGAAGCGGCGCAGCGAGGGAAGAAAGAAAGGACAGACGACAAGUGCUUCCCCAGCCUCCACGGGGAGCACAGCCACAGCGAACGUUUCCACGACGACAUCAUCAUCCUCUUCCCCGUCCUCGUCAUCCCCGUCCUCCACACAGUCCAGAGCCUCGAAGCUACGGCGAAGGAAUGCGAACAAUCUCUCCGGUGACUCAGCGGAAAACUCGCCCAGUCGGCCUGACAAAGUGGCCACGCCUGAGAGAAGGUCUCCGUCGGUGACCGAUGCCAGGUCCCAGAAGUUAGAGAUAUCUGAGGAGAAAUCCUUGAGGGCUGAGGUCAAUCCGGUGAAAGGAAAGUCAGACGCUGUGGAUAGUUCGAGCGUUUCUGAUUCUGGUGGAGCCAAGAAGGGAAGUAGCAAAAGCCAAGGGAGAGGUGGGGGUGGGUCUUCUACCGCCUCGUCCUCCUCAUCCUCCUCAUCCUCCUCCUCCUCCUCCUCCGCUGCUGCAACUACAACAACAACAACAACAAGAGGUGGGAGGACCAUACGGCAGCCGCGUAGAGAUGGUGAUGGGAAAAAUGGCACCAACUCUCCCCAGAGGUCAAAGACAUUGACCCCUCAGUCAUCCUCCUCGUCCCUUCCCUCCUCCUCCUCCCCCUCUCCCUCUUCCUCCUCCUCCUCCCUGUCCUUGAGGUCAGACAGUCAUGCCCCAGCUCUCCUCAGCUCCCAGUCCGUCAUCACAACCACAGCCACUGCCUCUUCAAAUGCUCCGACAACAUCUUGGAGCUCCGUGCCGUCCUCGUUAGCGGUGAAACAGGAAGUGACAGAGUCGAAACUCUCGACCGUGCUUCUCUCGGGUUCGUAUCCCCCGGCCUCGGUACUUGGCUCCUCCACCUUCUCCUCGCCCCCAGCCCUGGCAGCCAACAGUUUGAGAAAGGACUCGAACCACCAAUCUAUGGGCAACACGUUUGUAAGCCUUGCCUCGACCGUCUCCAUAACGUCCCCCCUGGCCUUGUCUCACGGCUCAGCGACUGCCUCCGGCGGCUCCCAGAUUGUCAUGCAGGGAGGUAGCUCCUCCCACUUUCAGCCCCGCCCACCCUCCACGUCCAACCCACCAGCCCCCGGACAGAGUGAGUUUUCUAAACUGCCGAGCACCAGCCUGGCCUACCCCGGGCCUGCCUACACUCAGACCAUCAAACUUACCGGCUACCCGCUGAGUGCUACCACUGGAGCUUCGAUUUCUCUAAGCUCCGCCUCUUCACACAUAGACUCCGCCCCUUCUGUUUCCACAUCUGGAUCUCACAGCGGCUAUCACCCAACGUCGCUGGUGCCGCCAGGGCACCCCGUGGUAUCGGUGUCGCCGGCUGUCACGACUGUUUCUAUUUUGAGCCAGCAGUUGAGUGCGGGGCUUCGGACAAAACCCUCGUACAGUCACCGGGGGCCUGGUCUGGUGACCGCCUCCGGACUGCCCAUCUCCCUCGCCCCCAACGUCUCCCCGCCUGCAGCUGCUACAGCCGAUCAGUUGUCGCGAGUCGCACUCCCCGACCCUGCCACAUCGCAACACCACCAUGAGCAACAACCUCCUGGGGGUGGGGGCUCAGGGUUUGUCCCAGAUUUUGAACGCAAGAGCAUCGCUAUCCCGCCUAAAAAGAGGAAGGCGGCAGAAAUGGACGCUGAACCUGUCCAGGUUUCGCUGGCGAGACCUCUGAUGGUUUCCACCUCGCACAUUGGGAGCUCUGCGGCGAUGAAGAAACCUCUGAUUGAUCUCAACGAGUGGAAGAACCAGCGCGUCCUAGCCAAGCGAAAUCAUGCGUUUGAGGUCGGGGUCAUCAAAUUGAUACACUCCAACCACCUGGACCUCGAUGUGGAGUUUGAGUCGGACCACAUGCUCAUGACCUUCUCGAAUGUGUUUGACCUGCAGAACUGCACCCUCGUCGGAGAUAACUGCCCUACGACCUCAACGCUCACCGUUGGCCGGACCGUUUGUGUCCGAGUGAACCAAGAGAAGCAGAUAUUCUACGAGGGGAUGAUAACGGAAAAGCGGACCAACCCCGUGGUGUUCAAGAUUAAACUGAAGCGGCCGUUCCCUCCCUCAGCUGCCGGGGAGAAUGUUCCGGAGGAUAUCUACGCGUCCAGGGUCAACAUCCGUCUGCUGCAGCCCCCGUGGUACGAAGACCUGGAGGAGCUAGCGAUGAGCGGGGCGGCCCCUCUAGCCAGCGAUGCCUCGUCCAGCGAGUGUUUCUCUCCCGUGGGUCCGAUCCCCAGCUCUUCGCACCACGCGGCGGCCAACUACCGGCAGGAGAGACCCGUGUCGUCCAGUGCGGGAUCUCUGGAGCGGGCUGACUCCUCGGAUGACGAGAUGAUGAACGACUCCAUCAGCUUUGACUCCUCGGGGAUGAGCACUCCCAGGUCUGGCAGUGCAACCCCAGGAUCGGGGUCACGGUCGCAGAAUGGACGCAAGAAUCCCCCGAAGAAGCGUGACCCUGACCGCAGUCGCAGCGCCCAGUCGACGGAGAGCUCUCGCUCCAGCACCCCACGCUCGCCGCUCAACGGGAAGUACAAGAAGGGGGAUGUGGUCAGCGCCGCCAACGGGGUGCGCAAAAAGUUCAACGGCAAGCAGUGGAGACGACUCUGCUCCCGGGAAGGGUGCACCAAAGAGUCGCAGCGACGCGGCUGCUGCUCCAGGCACUUGUCUCUCAAGGGCAAGGGCCUCCGGCACACGCCCAACUACCCCGGCUGUCGGCAGGGGGCGCUGAAAGAAGGUCACAUCGAGUGGACGGGAGAGGGUCACGGGGAGUAUGAGCGGGAACGUAUGAUGCCCAACAGGCCCUGGACCCAAGGCGUACAAUCUCUCUGUCGAUGCCCAAACAAGACAUGGGCCUGGCGGAGGAGAGCGGGGGAGUGGCCGACCUGCACGGCCCCAAGUCCAUUCUGUCGGGACCCAAAGGUCACGCGACAGGGGCGUUGGUCGGCCCCGGGUCCGGAGCGGCCCUGUACGGCCCAGCGGCCAUUGUGAACCAGGCCAUGAAGCCAAGGUUGCCUAUCGUAGAGCAGGUGAGCCGAGACUCGACCCUGGUGCGACAGCUGCAGCUACACUCCCUCACGGAACACGAGCGCCAGCGCUUCGCCUCCGAGGCCUCCGGCGUGGCGGGCUUUGUGGGAGGGCCGGCGGGUGGCCUGGGGAUGGGCGCGGUGGGCCGCCCUCGUCAGAUGGAGCCGGCGACGUACCCCCUGGCCCAGGACCGAGCCAUGGAGAACCGGUUCCAGCACCCGGCCGCUCAGGCGGGGGACGUGAUCCUGGCGUCGGGGGGCGGUGGACACCACCACCACCCACACCAGCAGACCAUCGUCAGGCGGGAGGCUAUCGGCGACCUCCCCGUCCAUCAGGCCAGAGGUCAAGGUCAUGACGGGGAGCCGCCUUCCCAGAGGUCGCAGCACAUCGGCGUGGUGCGGCAGAGCUCCGUGGGGCAGUACCCUCUGGGUGGCGGAGCCGGGGAGAAAGUAUCAGCGGCUUUGUCAGCGUCCUCCCGACCCCAGCACCCGAUCGUGGUGCCCGGAGGGGGAGGGGUGGUGAGUUUGCCUCCGCCCCCACCGUCGCAGGGUUCGAACCCUCAGCCUUACCACCGCGGGGCGGGCGAGAUGAACCCCCCACCCGUCCUGACCAAUCUUCUCCCCCUGAUGCCGACCGGCGCAGGAAGUAGUGCUGGCUCUGCCGGCAACGGCGAGGAUUCUGGGAAAUAUUCUCCGAGGCCGGCGCAUGUGGGCAGUGAGGAAAAUACCAAUGUGGAUUCGGACG